UUUUUUUUUAACAAGAAAUUUUAGCUGUGUUAAGACUUUGUAUAAUCCUAUUUAAUUAAGAAAGUAAUAAGAAUGAAUGUGGUAACGACAAUUAAAAAUAACUGGAAGAAAAGUGUCUUAUUAUCCUGCGUUGUCGGAUAUGGGAUCUCAACUUUGAAAACUAAUAUAGAAAUUAAGCGCUAUAUGAGCAAGUUCUCAACUGAUGUGGCCGUUUUUGGUCAAAAUUCCGAAUCCCCGAAAAAUGUUCUUGUUAUUAUAAAUCCGAUCGCUAAUAAUAAAAAGACCGAAAGUUUGUUUAAAAAGUAUUGCGAACCUAUACUACAUUUAGCUGGGUUCUCUGUUGAAAUACUUCGAACGAACCACAUUGGACAUGCUAAAGCAUUUGUCGAAGAAAUGAAUACAUUACCUGACGCUAUUGUUGUAGCAGGAGGAGAUGGUACAAAGUCCGAGGUUAUUACCGGUCUUUUGCGUCGACAGGGAGAUCUCUGUCCCGUUUCCCUACUUCCCCUAGGCCGCGAAAAGCAAUCUUUAUUCAAGAGCUUUAAAAUAACCAGUAAAAAUGAUGUUGAAUAUGUGACAAAAUUAUCAAACGCUCUAAUGCCUUUGCUAAAAAAUCAAUUUAGGUUCGCUGAUGUAAUCCAAUAUGAUGUUCUCUCCAAUGACGUUAGCGAUGGCAAUGCUAACUUAAAACCGAUUUUCGGAUUGAAUGGUUUAUCAUGGGGCAUCUUAAAAGAUAUUGACUCCUCGAAGGAUAAAUAUUGGUAUUUUGGUCCGCUAAAGCACUAUAUGGCUGCGUUUUUAAGAUCGUUUUCCGGAAGCUCUGAUUGGGAUUUAGAGACUGAUUAUGUAUACACACCUCCGUGUCGUGGCUGCAGUAACUGCUAUGUUCAAACAGAAAAUGCUAGCAGUACAGGUUUUUUCGUGAGUAAGCUUGUCAAAUCUCAAAACCUAAAUAAGGUUUCGACACAAAAACAAAUUAAAAACGAUAGCUGCGCUACCAAUCUUCAUGGUUUUAUAAAGUCCAACCAAAUUAAUAUAACCCUCAAUCAAAAUGAUGAAAACUUUGCAGAACUGGAGAGCAAAUUCAUAAGCUCCUUACAGCCAGGAUGGGACUUUAUUAAGAAUAUUCCGAACAUUACCAAAAAAACCAUUAAACCUAAUUUGAUACUUAAAAGUAGAACGAUCAAACUUUACCCAUCAGAUAGUACUUCUCCAAUAUUCUAUUCUAUCGAUGGGGAGGAAUAUGAACCCCGCCCCAUUCAAGUAUCUGUUGUUCCUAAAGCUAUUAAAGUAUUUUGUUAAUUCAAUGUUGAAGUUUA